AUGAAGCCAGCCGUUAUCAAGGUUGCCGCAGCCUUGGCCGCCGCCACCGCCGCCUCCGGCGCCGGCGCCGUGGCCGUCCCGGGUUCCCAGCAACGACCGUUGACCGCGUCGGGCUUCUCGUGCAGCCUCCCCCCCGUCAUCGACCCUUCGUCCGACGGCCUGCCGUCAGCAGAGUCCCUCUUCUCCUCACGCGAGGCCCUAGAGAGGCAGGUCGAGCGUCACCAGGCCGUCGUGCGCGUCCCCACCGUCUCGUACGACGACCUCGGUCCUCCCGGGGAGGAUGACCGGUGGGCGCCGUUCUUUGAUCUCCAUGCUGUGCUGGAGAAGUUGUAUCCCAACUUGCACAAGAGGGCAUCACUGGAAAAGGUCAACACGCUGGGCCUGGUGUAUACCAUCCUCGGGACCGACGUGUCCCUGAAGCCCACGCUGCUGGCGGCGCACCAGGACGUGGUGCCCGUGGCCGACGCCUCGACGUGGACGCACCCGCCCUUCGCGGCCGUGUACGACGGGGAGUGGAUCUGGGGCCGCGGCGCGUCGGACGACAAGAACAGCCUGACGGCGCUCCUGUCGGCCGUGGAGGCGCUCCUGUCGCCGGAGACGGGGUGGACCCCGCGGCGCACGCUGAUCCUCGCCUUCGGCUUCGACGAGGAGUGCUCCGGCCUGCGGGGCGCGGCCUCGAUCUCGCGGCACCUGCAGUCCGCGUACGGGACCGACUCGGUGGCCGUCAUCCUGGACGAGGGCGGCACCGGUCUGGGACCCGUGGACGGCGACGACAGCGGGACCCUGUACGCCGUCCCGGCCGUCAUGGAGAAGGGACACGUGGACGUGUGGUUCGACCUGAGCGUGGCGGGCGGCCACUCUUCCUUCCCCUUCCCGCACACGGGCAUCGGCAUCGCCGCCGAGAUCAUCACCGCGCUCGAGGCCAACCCGUGGUCGCCCGCCGUGCUGGACGACAGCCCGGUGCACCGCCAGCUGCAGUGCCAGGCCAGGCACUCGCCCGGCGCCGACGCCGAGCUCACCCGGCUCGUGCGGGAGCGCGACCUGGACGGCCUGGCCCGCCGCCUGGCCGCCUCCGGCCGCGUCCCCCAGUACAUGGUGCAGACGUCCCAGGCCGUCGACACCAUCCGCGGCGGCCAGAAGAUCAACGCCAUGCCCGAGGCCGUCUCGCUCGGCGUGAACUACCGCGUCGCCCCCCAGGACAGCAUCCCGCGCGUCAUGCGCAACGUGGUCGACGUCAUCGCCCCCGUCGUGGACAGGUACGGCCUGCGCCUGCGCGCCUACGAGGGCGACGCCGACUACGACGAGUACCGUGGCGGGGACGCGCUGCCCCGGUACGACGUCGACUACAACGGCACGCUCGUCCUCCGCGCCAGGGAGAAGACGGCCGUCACGCCCAUCUCGCCCACGUCCGGCCCCGUCUGGGAUCUGUUCUCCGGCGCGAUCCAGCACUCGUACGCUACCGAGUCGGGUGCGCCCGUCGUCCCCGUCGGCAUCAUCAUGACCGGCAACACCGAUACUCGCCACUACCUUGACCUCUCACCCAACAUCUACCGCUGGACCCCGGCCCGGCAGGGCACCGCUCUCAACAUCCACACCGUCGACGAGCGCGUCCGCAUGGAUGGACAUAUCGGCAUGGUCAAGUUCUACUACAACUUUGUCCGGACGUUUGACCAAGCUGAUAUC